AUGCCCACAGCCUCUCGACGGGAACUUCCCGAACAAAGGGCUCGGCAAGCCCCGUGCACAACCUACGUCCCGGAGAAGCUGGACGGCUUUUGGCGGCUUUUCACAAAAAAAGAAAAAUCAAGCCUUCCUCUUCUACCAGCAAACCCAGAGAAGGUUGGCUGUUUGGAUGACGCCACCAAUGUGUACGGCAGCCUCGUUGAGGAAUCGUUCAAGCAAAAGAAAAGUUUGAUCAUGGAAUGUAUUGACAGCUCAGAUCUGGGUUUGCCUAACAAAAACAUUGAAAACCAGGCACAUCAUUACUUGGCCAUUGGCGCACUUUGGGCAAAGCAUGCGCCACUCAUGCGCUUGAGCUACUAUGAAUCAUCUCACACUCACAUACUGUCCGACAAAAACAGAGUCUUGCCGCGAUUACGAAGCGAAGUCAUUGAUAAGUCACGCGACAUGCUGCUCGAACGACCAACCGACUCCGCAUUCAGGACCCGGUUAGCAAGACUUCGUCCUUUUUUGAAACUUGGCCUGGAAUGCCUACUAUUUGUACCUAUUGUCGUGGAGAGAAAGAAGGACUCUGAACGGUUAACAGACUGUGAUACCAAAUCGUUGCGCGAACUUAUCAAUACCUCUCCAAACGCCGAUACCAUUGCAAAAAUCGGCGAAAGAUUCCGACGCAGCAUCAUCGAAGGUGACGUCUUGGUUUGGAAGAAUAUUGGGCGCGAUAAAAUUCGGAAUAUGAAUGUGGAGGAGGUAUCGCGACGGAUUUAA